UAAACAAGAUGGCGUAGGUUGCUAGUCGGAAGUUCUUCAAAUAGACUGCAAAUUCACUCAUCUGCAGUGGUUAGAGAAACAUUUUAACUUUGAAAAGCGUGAUACUUAAAGAGGAGAGCAAAAUGUCCACCCUUCCAAUGCAAGACAGGAGUAAUUCAGAGAAGAACAUGAACGGUUUAACACCCAAGGAGAUAGCUCUCCUCUCUGGCAUAAGAAAAAGAAAAUCAGAGUUGUUGAUUGAAAUUCAGCGACUGAAAGAUGAAAUAGCUGAAGUUUCAUCAGAAAUGGAUACUAUUGAACAACGCGACAAUAGUACUAAGGAUGAUCCUCGAGCCAAACAAUUAUUAACUGGAAAGAAAAAGUUUAACAUUGAUCCAGAGAAGGGAAUAGAAUAUCUGGUAACCAACACUCUGCUCAAUAGCACACCCGAAGACAUUGCUUACUUCCUUUUCAAUGAAGAAGGACUUAAUAAAACAAUGAUUGGAAACUAUCUUGGAGAAAACAAAGAGUUUAACCUAGAAGUAUUCAGAAUCUUUGUUGAGCUUCAUAAUUUUGAACGAAGAUUGUUGGUAGACGCCCUGAGAGAGUUCCUGUGGAGCUUCCGUCUACCUGGUGAAGCCCAGAAGAUUGACAGAAUGAUGGAAGCAUUUGCUAAGAGAUAUUGUGAUCAGAACCCAGAAAUGUUUACAUCAACUGAUACUUGUUAUGUUUUGAGCUUCUCAAUCAUCUUAUUGAACACCAGUCUUCACAACCCAAGUGUCAAGGAUAAGCCUACGUUGGAGAAAUUUAUUCAAAUGAACAGAGGAAUCAACUGUGGAGAAGAUAUACCUUCGGACACCCUAGCGAGUUUAUAUGAGAGCAUAAAAAAUGAACAGUUCAAGAUCCCAGAAGAUGAUGGAAAUGAUAUAACAAGAACAUUUUUCAAUCCUGAUAGGGAAGGCUGGCUUAUAAAGGAAGGUGGAUUGCACAAAAGUUGGAGGAAACGGUACUUCAUCCUUAAAGAUAAUUGCCUCUAUUAUUUCAAGAAUAUAGGGGACAGGGAACCACGUGGCAUUAUUCCUUUGGAAAAUUUACAAGUUAGAGAAGUGCAAGAUGCACGGAGAAAGUAUUGCUUCGAAAUAUAUUCAGCUGAUAAUUCCUCAGGGCUUAUAAAAGCUUGUAAAACAGACUCCGAAGGAAAAGUUGUAGAAGGACAUCAUGAUGUAUAUCGUAUCUGUGCAUUCUCUGAGGAAGAAAGGGAAAUCUGGAUUGGUUGUAUCAAGGCUAGUAUGAUCAUUGAUCCAUUCUAUGACAUGCUUCAAGCCAGGAAAAAGAAAGUCACUCAAGCAGCAUUGAACUAAGGGUUCUUUUUGAUAAUUAUAUUGAUUAUCUUGAUUCCUUGUCAGCUGUAUAUCUUCUGUGAAAUGUGUCUUGAAGUGUACAUACAGUUCAACAUUAUUGUGCCUAACUGCCCAAAUGUAUUGACCUUGACUUAUUGAUGCCUUCUAAUAAUGAUUUAGGUUUAUAUUUCACUUUUCACUAGUUAAAUGGUAUAGUUCAAGAAAAUUCUUACAAUUUAUAACGUAACUUAUAUUUGAUGCCAUCCAAUUCAUCAUAUUGGCUUUUUUGAUAUGACUUUUUUUAAGUUUCCUCUUUUGCUUGUGGUCAAACAUUUCUUAUAAAAAGCAGUCUUAGCUGGAUACACCCAGAUUGUUAUUGCUUUUUGGUUUGUUUUUUUUAUAUAUACACAAAACUCUGUUUAUUUUGGAAGUUUAAGUUAUGACUUUUUGUACUUUUGUAUUUAAGAAA